CUAGGAGACGGCGGACGCGGCGGAUGGCGGCCCGCUACGGGGCGGGGCAGUACGAGGACGCCUUCAGCGCUCCCCGCCUGCAGAACUGGGAGGUGCCGCAGCCGGGCCGGCAGCGCCCCUCGCCGCGGGACGGCUCCACGCAGAUCCUGGCCGACGACCGCGGCCACCUGCUCCCCUCCGUGCCCCGCUCCCAGGCCUCCCCCUGGGGCACGUUUCUGGGGACGUGGGACAUGCCGCCGAGGAUCCCCCCCGCCAAGCUGAACCUCACGGCACGCUCGGCCGCCGCCGCCGCCCGCCUCACCGGCUGGCUCCGCGCCUCCGCCGCCCUCACCGGCGCCUGCAACGGCCUCCGGGCCGAGGUCACCGGCAAGCCCCAAGAGCCUUGGCCAGACGCGGGCACCUCCGAGGAGCCUUCGAGGACCGGCCGGGGGCCUGGCGAGGAUCCCCAGGGUGCUCAGCCCUCUCCCAAAUCGCCGCUGGAGGAGCAGCCCGGCAGCGACUGCCGUAAGCCCGGCCUCGUGGACGUCCGCGCGGAGCGGGACGCGUCGCCGGAGCCACCGGCUUCGUGCCAGCCUCGCGGCGAGGACGAGCAGGGGGCAGGGAGCCCAGCCGGGGUCCUGAGCUCCCCGCAGCCCGGCCUGGGGGGUCUCGGGGGUGUCACCGCACCCCAAAUCCCGGCCUCAGCCACUGUGAGGGAGGCUGGGCCGCAGGGAAAGGGAGCGGCAUGGCCGCACCGGGGGCUUUGAGCCGUCUGGGCUCUCCUCGGCCCCUCUCCUGCAGCUCCCGCGAGCCCGUUCCCA